UUGGACCACAUCUCAGAGGUGCGGAGCUCCGGUCUGGACACGGGCCAAACCCGUCUGAUGUCAAACCAGCCUGAACAGAUACUCUCAGACAUCUCGUUUCUUCACCUCAUUCCUGAGACGGGACUCUGCCCACUCCUUGUGUAAAGCAAUCUGAACCUGAUAGCACAGCAUCCGCGUAUCUCGCCUGAGAAUCUGCUCUGGACUAUUAAGACAGUCGCUCUUAACCUUUUCUUCAGAAGCGCUUUGCCGCUGUGCAGAAUCCCAGCCAGCCAUGACUUUUACGAGCAAACCGUCUGUCCUCCGACUGUCUUGUAAUACAUUUUUAAAGCGAGUUUAACUCGGCGAUUCAACUUUCAGCUUCUGUUUUAUUAAUUUUUUCCUGUCAUCUGUGGAAAUGCUCCGUCCAGACCCAUAAAGAAACAGAGUUUGGUUAAUAUGCACUUAUUGCCAAGCGGAAUAUGUUUUUAUUUAUCUGUAGCAAUCUGCUGGCUCACAGCUGAGAUCGAUGCGUCCUGGUGGUACAUGGGCACCCUGGGCUCCCAGGUGAUGUGCGACAACAUCCCUGGACUGGUGAAUAAGCAGCGCCAGCUGUGCCGCCAGUACCCCAAGGUGAUGCAGGCCAUCGGGGCUGGGAUGAAGGACUGGAUCUCAGAGUGCCAGUACCAGUUCCGCAACCACCGCUGGAACUGCAACACCACAGCCAGGGACCACAAUCUGUUUGGACGUCUGCUGCUACGCAGUAGCCGUGAGGUGGCCUUUGUCUACGCUAUCUCCUCAGCUGGAGUUGUUUACACACUGGCCCAAGCCUGCAGCCAAGGUGAGUUGGAUUCCUGCUCCUGUGAUCCCACCAAGAAGGGCUCAUCACAGGAUGCCAAAGGCUCCUUCAACUGGGGAGGCUGUAGUGACCAUGUGGAGCAUGCCAUACGCUUCAGCCAAGCCUUCGUGGAUGCCAAGGAGAGGAAGGAGAGGGAUGCCCGUGCACUCAUGAACCUGCACAACAACAGAGCUGGCAGGAAGGCUGUGAAGCGCUUCAUGACACUGGAGUGUAAAUGUCAUGGUGUCAGUGGGUCAUGUAGCAUCAGGACCUGCUGGUUGGCCAUGGCUGACUUCCGCCGCACAGGUGACCAUCUACGGAAAAGGUACAACGGUGCCGUGCAGGUUGCAGUGAAUCAGUAUGGCACAGGCUUUACCGCCGCUCAUACACACUUCAAACGUCCCAGCAAAAAUGACCUCGUCUACUUGGAGGACUCACCAGACUACUGCAUACGGGACCACGAGUCAGGGUCGAUGGGGACAGGUGGGCGGGUCUGCAACCGGACAUCCCGAGGUGUAGAUGGCUGUGAAGUGAUGUGCUGUGGCCGUGGCUACGACACGUCUCGCGUCAGCCGCACAACCAAGUGCGAGUGCAAGUUCCAGUGGUGCUGUGCAGUCCACUGCCGUGACUGCCACCAGCAGGUUGACGUGCACACCUGUAAGGGCCAGACGUGACCUCGCCACCACUAAACGUGACUGACGCCUCAUAUCGGGCAUCCAGAGUCCCCCCGUUCCUCCUCAGCUCUAUCUGACGUCUUGUUACGACAAUCUAACUGAUAAUCUCGAGUCUGUCUUUAGUUCUGAGCCCUCUGAAGGUCUGUUAGGUUUUCAGACACCUUUUUUCUUUUCCUCCUCACCAAAAAAAUUCACGUCUUUUUCUUCUUUUGGAUGCUACGUGGAAUGAACUUCCAGACUCAGAGACAUUUAAAGCCUGACUGCUGAAUGUCUGUAGCUGUUACUUUGAGAAUGUAUCAGUCAAAUCAUGCUUCAGAUUCCUGCUGAACCAACACAAAAAAUACUAUUGAGACUAACAGGCUAGCAUUUGAUCUGCUGGCUCCAGUUGUGACGGUUUGGAGAUGAACUGUUGCUUAAACAGGCCCCAAGGACUGACCAAGUAUAUACUGAAAUAUAACUUAAAUUAUGUGUAAUAUCUUUUAUAGUUUUGUUGAAUCAACAUGCAUGAAGGCUUUUGGCCUGCUCCUGUGAAGCCUUCAACACCUCUAGUUUAACACAUAGCAGCUCUCCACACAGUUUAUCAGCUUGUUGUUUAGAUUUGUUCUCGUGGCACCUUACACUUGUCAGCAAACCAUUUACAACAUAAAGUACGACCAGCGUUCUUUUCCCCUGCGUGCUUUCAGUGUAAGCUGUUGUCACGCCAGUCUCAUUCAACAUAGCGUAUCACAAGCUUCUCUCUCGCUUACUGUCUGCUCAUUAGAGGCUUUCUGCUCCAGAGGUACCACCAUAUGCACAGAACAUGGUCCUUCAGCUGUUUUCUCUCUCCAUCAUUAAAUCUCCUUACUUAGUAGAAAACAGCAGCUGGAAAAUGAGUGGACACUGUCGUUUGACUCAGAAACAGUGCAAAAUUAAUGCGGGCAGGACCUACAGCAAUUUCACUAACACAAACUUACAUACUUACGGUACUCCCAACAUCAAAAUCCCCAGUUGGCACUAAUGUAGGACAUUAGUGCCAACUAACAUUUCAUAUUAGCAUCUUCUCCAAGUCUUUUAAAAAGGCUAGAAUUAAACCAUAAUGUUGAUAACAGACAUAGCAUCUUACUGUAUUUACGAGGAAAGUUUUACAUUUAUGACCUUAUAUUUUUAAGUAUCUACAGGGAUUCUGUUUGAAUGAUCAUUUUCUUUUGGGUGCUCCCUUUAGAAGUCCUAACAGAAGAUCAGCAUCAUCUCACCCUAACUCUAGCAUUCUCUUCUGCAACACCAACCUUCUCCAUAUCCUCCUUCACUGCAUCCAUGAAUCUUCUCUGUGCUCCAUAUUCAGCAUUCUUCAUCAAGUAUAUCCACCAUCUCACCUCUGCCCAUGUCCAAACCAUCUCAACCCUGCCUCUCUAACUUUGUCUCCAAAAUGCUCAACCCGCUGAUAUAAUAGUUUAAAUCCUGGUCAUCCUGGUCAUUCACAAUGGAAAAUAUUUCAACUCAACCUCUUUCAGUUUUACCUCCUUUCUUGUUAGUCCCAUCAUCUCCAAACUGCAUCGUAGCAGGUCUCACUACCUUCUUGUAAGCCUGGGUGAUUUGUAUCCCCGUGUUACAAAUCACCCAACACUUAUCUCCACCCUGCCUGCACUCUCUUCUUUUGCACUCUCUAUUGCUUUGCAGGCUAUUUAAAGCAGCUUCACUGCUCUACCCAUUCCCUUCUCUUCCACACACUUGGAUUCUGUCUUGGUUCUACUGACUUUCAUCCCUCUUCUCUCCAGCGCAUACCUCCACCUGUUCCCUACUUUCACUACAGAUCAGUGCCAUCUGUCAACCUCUCCAUCAUCACUGCAAACAAGAAAGGGUUCAGUCAAUCCCUGACCUUGAACCUAUCUGGCACUCUUACAGUCCUCCUAUGUCCUUCAGCAGCUUCACAUAAUCCUCUGACUCUCCUCGUGCAGUACCACAGUGCCUCUCUUGGGCCCUUAUAUCCUUCUCUAGGUCCACAAAGACGCAGUGCUACUCCCUUUGACCUCCUCUAUACUUCUGUCAACACUCUCAAAGCAAACAUAUUUGUAGUGUGCUCUCUCAGCAGAAUGCUGCUCACUCAUCAUUACCCCUCUUCAUAACUUAGCUUUAACAACUCUUUCCCAUUGCUUUGAGAUAUAAUUCAUCGGCUUUAUCCCUCUGUGUUACAGCUCUGCACAUCAGCCUUGUUCUGGAAAAUCACUAUAAGUAACUGAUCAUUAAGAUAGUCUAAGGGGUAUUGUAGUCAACAUCUUGUUAAAAUGAAUGCUUGAAAAACCAAUUAAAAUAUCUAGAACUAGAAAAAACAAUCAGAAAUGCUUUUUCUUGUAGUUAAAAUGCUCAUUUUGUCAUUGUUUCUUAGAAAUGUGUUAAUAACUAGGACCUCUGUUUACAUUUCACUGUUAUUGUGCCUGCUACCAAUAUUAGAUUAAGGAGCAAUAUUCAAGUAGGACUCUGUGAAAUCAAACAUCAUCACUGACAAACAGGACAGACGGCGGCCUGAGCAGUCAUUAUACACUGAGGAAGUAAAGCAAACUAGCGGCUGUUCU